AGCGCCGCAGAACGGUUUCCUUGUGGCGGGUGAGAUGGCGGCUUCCGGAGCUGCGGUUACUGUCACCGUCACGUACAGUAAUGAAAAACACAAUAUUCAGGUUGCUUCCCAACAAGAAGAUGGUGAACCUACACUGCAAGACAUGGCUCUUCUUAUUGAACAAGUCACUGGAGUUCCGGUUCCUUUUCAGAAACUGAUAUACAAAGGGAAGUCUCUGAGAGAAUUGGAACAGCCAUUGUCAGCACUUGGAGUUAAAAACGGUUGCAAAGUCAUGUUGAUUGGGAAAAGAAAUAGUCCAGAAGAAGAGGCUGAAUUAAAGAAGCUGAAAGAUUUGGAGAAGUCAGUGGAGCAAAUAGCUAAUAAGUUAGAUGAAGUUAAUAAAGAGCUCACCGGUAUCCAGAAGGGAUUUUUAGCAAAGGAUCUCCAAGCAGAAGCACUAAAACAGCUGGACAAGAGGAUAAAGGGAACUGCAGAGCAGUUCAUGAAGAUCCUGGAACAGAUUGAUGCCAUUAAUCUACCAGAGAAUUUCAGUGAUUGCAAACUGAAAAAGAAGGGGUUGGUGAAAAGGGUUCAGGUUUUUCUUGCCCAGUGUGAUACCAUUGAAGGAAAUAUUGGCCAAGAAAUGGACAAGCUACAGUCAAAGAAUUUGGCACUGGCAGAAUGAGGCACUGCCCUACGUAAUUAGGAAACAUAAUUGCUCUAUGAGCAAGAAGAAAAGUUUGCUCUUUGUUUUGGAGCACGUAUUCAGCUUUUUUUUUGUUUGUUUUUGUUAAAGCCCAGUCUGUUAGACUGGUCCCAGUCAAUCAUUUCUUGCUGGUUGUCUUGUUUGCCGCUUAGUUAGACCUAUUAUUUAGAAGAGAAAAUAAUUCCUGAAGAAUGGCAGAAAUAAUCUUUGUGGUGAAUUGUUAUAUACCUUAUGGACAAAUGUUUAGUUAACUAAGUUAUCAAGUUUGCAGUGAUGGGCAGUUCUGUCUGAUAUAUCUUUGAAUACAGCUCAAAUCAAAGAAAGUCUGUAAUUGUACAAGUGCCAUAAGUUGCAAUUGUAGGACUUCAGCUUGAUUGAAAAAGGCAAACUGAGACCACACCUGGGAAAGUCAAACAUUAUAGUAGACAGUUCAGAGCAAUAAAAAAAUCCCUUCGCAUUUGUAUCUACUUAAUGUUUGUAUGCAUUUAUAAAUAUAAGAAAGCUUGACUAUAAGGGAGUCGUACCUAUUUUAGCCUUAAAUUGUCAUAAUAAAUGGAAUGUACUGUAACAUGUAUGGUACUUAAUUUUGAGUGGUGCUUUAAGUUGUUACGGAGCUCCUUGAUACAGAUGUAUGUUUUUUACAUGGAUUUCUGAUGUACUGUGUUUUUUAUAGAUUCUUAUUUUUAUUGUUUAUGUUCCAUCUUGAGCUAUGGUGGGAAAUGAAAUGAGAUUACUUAUGCUGCUCAUAUACCAAGGGUUCAGUUCAAGCAACAUAUAACUAAGGAACUGUUUUGAGAGGGUUUUUUAUGCUUUUUUUCCCCCCAUUUCACUGAAUUCCUGAUUCUGUAUUUAGUGCAAAAUUACAGUGAUUAUUUCUAGCCUGUUAAGGUAGUCAGUGAAGUUUUGUAACACAUUACAAAGUGAUAGAACUCAUUUUAGCCAUGCCGUGCGUCUAAGGGUUAUGACCGAUCCUUGUAGUCAGAUAUGUGCCACACUUACCCAUCUCUGUUAAGUGGAAAAUAAGCUUUUGCAGGGGGUAGAGUAAUGGUCAGCAGUCACAGCCAACUUUGCAGUUGUUGGUCAGAGCCUGUAGCUGUUGGAUUUGUAGUGGUAGCUGCAUUUCCAGUGGUGCUUCUGGUCAGUAGGUCAGUCUUAACAUGCAGUGGCUGGUGAAGUAAUGACUGGUAAGGAUCCUGUUUCUGUGAGGGGGAAGAAAAACUUUUAUCUCUAAUGAGUGAGUCAGGAUGUUUAGAAAUGGCCCUUAAAUAGUGAGCUUUUAUCCUUAUGUGACUGUUUUAAGAUUAGCUGUCCUUUCAAGAUAAGAAUAGGAAGUGUGUGUAAAAAGAUGUUAACUUCUAAUAAGUUAUAAACUUUAAAUAAUAUCCAAAGUGUUAUUAUUAAAGUAUUAUCUUUGAUGUUUGUAAUAGGAAGAGGAGCAUUUCUUUAGUGAAAAAUGCCAUUGGACAAACAAAGUGAUAGCCCUGCACUAGAAAGGGUCACUUUUAUUCAAAAAAUGCCUUUUGAUUAUACCAAGAUUGGAGUUGCCAUAAUUUUUACUGUUAAAUAGCUUAUUCAGGGUUGUAUUUUGUAUAUAACUCUAGGCAUCUGUGGAGGGUUUCAAGGUCUAUAAACUCCUAGGAAGCUUGUCUAUCAUGUUAGGAAAUUAUAUGCUUGGUAGGACUGGAUAUUUUUAACUAGGCUACUAGUCUGGUCAUGCUGCAUUUUCCCAGCACUUUAGGAAGAAGAAGAGUUGGCUGUAGCCAUUUUUGUGAAGCUCUACCUAGCUUGGUGCUGCUUCUGGACCAGAUUCAGCUGACUCUUAAACCACCAGCAAUGCUAUUACAUAGUUCAGGGAAUUCAAAAUUAACCACUUUCCUGUGAUGGAAAGGAUGGAUCCUCACCCUCCCAAACAUAAGUCAUUUAAUGCAUUGAACUUUCACAAGGUGCAUAUAUAGUAAGUAAAGUAUCUUGUGCCCAUGGAAAGCACUGGGAGCUGUAGUCAUGGCUUGGGCAGUGUCCAUUUCUGCUGCUUCUUUGUAUUUUUCUCUCUUGGGCAAGAACACCAUAAGGCUAUAGGCAGACAUUGUCUUCCAAGCACUUCUUCCAGGAAACUUCUGGUUCUUGAGAUGUUCUUGUGUGAGUGAGUACAUCCUCAGCCUGUCUCAAAGCCAGGUGGUUUAACUUUAAGAUGUUCCAUAGUAGAUCUUAUGAUAAUGUGGUACUUUGAGGCAAAGAGAGUGGUGAUGAACCUCUCCCACAAGCACAUCUCGAUUCAGCAAAUGGUGAGGGUCUUGAGCUGAAGUUACCUUGAAGUGGUAACUCCUGGUAUCAUAUCAGAGUGUUUGGUUUCUAGGACACAGUAUGUCUUCCAAAUAUAAAAAUGAGUUCAUUUUGGAAAACGAAUGGUUGUAUUUAGAGUUAUCUAAGACCUAGAGUGGAUUGACUUUUAUACUUAGUUUUGAAAGAGGAGUCUUACACUUUGUUUUUUCAUGAUAGCCUUAAAUUUCAGUAAAAGCAAACUUCUGUGGUUUUGAAAAGUGCAGCAGACUACAGUUGUGGGAGGAAGGGAAAGGAAGAGGAGAUUUUAAAUAUUCUUAAGAGUUUGUAAAAGGAAACAUAGAUCUUGGUCAACCUUAAGCUAUAUUAUCACUGAUUCUGUAGUCUAGUUGUACUGUGAUACCUGUUUUUGUACUGAAUCAUUUCCUCACCCCAACCGUCUGCCCUGAUCACAUCAAGAGAGGAGUACCUUCUCUUUUGUUUUAGUUGCACUUACCCGGUCGUCUUUCUCCAGUUGCUGUGUUGCUCUGGCCGUGUUUACACACCUUGGAUGUGCCAUCCGGGCAAAACAUCCUACUGCAAAGUUUGUGCUACGAAUGGAAUUACGUGCUUCCUUGCCGCACAUUCUCCCCCAGCACCUGUAGACUGGUGUGAGAUGAACCAAACUCAAUGUUCAGGGAGGUGCGGAGCCUGAACCCAUGGGACUGUUUGCUCUGGGAACACCAUAAAAUGCACUGCUUGCAGGGGCAUCCUCCCUCUGUGACUGCAUCCUCCAUGACCAUGUAUUUCUGAAGGUAAUGUCACUGUAAACCUGGAGCAACACUUUUUAGGCUUUUAUCAGUCACUCGUGGUUUGGAGUGGAGUACUUGACAUCAUCUGACUUGGGGCUAGGUUGGGUUUUUUAGUUAUUUUAUUGUGCUAUCAUAAAUGAAAAAGUAUAAAUAAAAUCUGGAAAGUUC